AUAUGAUCAAAUAUAUUACAAACAAAAUAUUUUAUUAGCACACAAAAUUUUACAUUUGUCUAAACAACACAACUCUAACAAAUUCACAUAUUGGUUCACAUUUUAUUCACACGUGCAACACAACACUCUGAGGAUGUGCACCUGGUAUGAAUACGAACUCCCUGAGUACACUGCUUGCACCAUAAAAACCAAGGCAGUUGGCAAAGACGAAUGUACCAGAAUUCCGGCUCGCAUCCUUGGUCUGGAGAAACCCAAGUCGGCCUUAAAGCAGAAGUACUUUAUCGAGAGUUACAUUCAGAGCAUCAUCGAAUCAGCUCCAAUGAAAAAAACCUCAAUCGCCAUUGGAGGGAACGGUGACCAAAUUUCACAAUUCAUUGGUGAAAAGGCAGUCCAAGUGUGUGCAGCAAAUGAGAUUUCAAACAUUUACAUUGGAACUAAUAAUUUAUUCAUACUACCUGCAAUAUCAAGAUUUAUCCGGGAAAAUAAGUUAGAAGGUGGAAUAUACGUUUAUGUAGCUCGUAACUAUACCAAUCGAAAAAAGGUCAAUGUAGGCAUCAGAUUCCUCGGCACUAAUGGAGGUGUUCCAUCGGAAAAAAUAAUGAAAAAAACUCUGGACACUUUUAAGACACUAACUUCACAUAAGAAAAUAAAUGUUAAUUUUCCGCUCUCUGAAGUUGAGAAUUAUUCAUUCAGAGUAAUACAGUCAGUAGAUAGAGCCAGGCCGCCUUCAACAGUGACGGUGCACAUUAUUGAUGGGAAAAAGGACUACAUAAGAUUUUUGAAAGAGUCGUUUGACUUUCCAAGAAUAAAGAGUUUAAUCACUGGAGGCAGGAUCGAAAAGCGAUUUGAUCUUGUAGUCGACUGUAAAGAAGGAGGCGCUGGUCCCUACUUAGAGGAAAUUUUGGUCAAUGAGCUCGGAGCGAAAAAAAGCUGUAUUAAAAACGGCGUACCAUCCUCAUGCUUCCACAAGAAGUACUUCGGCCCGGAAGUCGAGUACAAUCUGCAAAUGAUAAACGAGCUGGUUCUUCGAGAACAAGACAUGGGCGUCAUAAUAGACGGCAACGGUGCAAGAUCGGCAUUUUUUGCAAAAGGCGGUCAUUUCGUAUCCCACGGAGACACGUUUGCCCUGCUUGUCGACCAUUACCAUUGCAUACCUCUCUUCCAAAAAAAAAUCGUUAAAGGUAUCGCGAGGACUGUCUAUGCGUCUAAAUCCGUUGAUCCUGUUAUCCUGAAAUUGGGACUUAGCUUGUAUGAAACGGCUGAUGGUUGGCGGUACUUCAACUCCUUACUGGAACACCAGUUGAUUUCAUUAUGCGCCGAUGACGAUUUCGGAAUUGGUGCUUAUCAUAUAGGAGAACGCGACGGAAUCCUGCCUAUUUUGGCCUGGCUUUCCAUAAUAGCACAUCUAAGAAAACCCGUUAGGCAGAUCCUCCAGCAGCACUGGGACGAGUACGGCAAGCUUUUCAGAACGACGCUCAUUUACGAAGAUCUUUGCCCCAAGUUGACCAACGAUACGAUAUCCAACGUCGAAAAACUCAUGAAGGACGGUUGUUUCGUCGGCAAGGCUUUCCAAGUCGGCCACAUGCGUGUCGAAGUCAAAAAGGCAGGCGGUUUCGAUUACAAGCAUCCUUUGACAAAAGCAUCGACAAAAGAACAAGCGAUUGUAAUAAAUACGAAACUCGGGAGAGUCAUAUUGCGAGUGUUUACGUACAUUGGAGGAGUAAGCGAUUUACAAGUUAUUAUCGAAUCGUUCUCGAACGGUGUAGCGUACUGUGUUGAUAAAAUAAGCAUGGCUGUCCCUCUCACAAAGUUUAUUAUGCUCGCUACCAAAUAUCCAGCGAUGAUCAACAGGUCAGACCCGGAUCGUAUAUUUUGAUUUUGUAACAGUCUUAUGAA